ACUGAGGGAGGAGAGCUGAGGUGCGGGUGAAGAUUUCUGUGACAACAGACUUGAGGCAGAGUGAGACAGAGCUGAGGUACAAGCAAUGUUAUAUUGCAUGGAGCAGCCUGACUUUUCCUGAGGAUGUCCUAAAAUGGUUUCCGUACAAGCAUAUACUGAAGCUGCAACAAGCUCUGCUGUGUGUGUUAGUUGCGGACUGCUGACAGUCCGCAUGAAAAUGGGUUUAAUAUAAAUGGCUUUCCAACAAGCAGGAGGCCAGGUGGAUCACAUUUCUACUUUCUACUAACUCCACCGUGAUGUAUCUGACUAUCUGGUUGUGCAGAAGAACACAAAGACUGAAGAAGUCCUGAAGAUUGAUGGAGGGCCAUGCUAUUCAAACAGCAGGCGUUGCUGAGACAGAAGCUCUUUGUUCUAGGCAGUCUUGCUGUUGGAAGCCUCCUGUAUCUAGUUGCCAGAGUUGGGAGCUUGGAUAGACUGCCACCGAUAUGUCCAGUUGAAGGGAGAUUUGGAUCACAUAGCCAGGAUGCAAUCACUCUCAGAGCUAUGCAGUUUAAGAGAGGACUCCUCCAUGAAUUUCGGAAAGGCAAUGCCACUAAAGAGCAAAUCCGACUUCACAAUUUGGUUCAGCAGCUUCCAAAGGCCAUUAUCAUUGGGGUGCGAAAAGGAGGAACCAGAGCACUACUGGAGAUGUUAAAUUUACAUCCUGCUGUGGUCAAGGCAUCCCAAGAAAUUCAUUUUUUUGAUAAUGAUGAAAACUACGCAAAAGGAAUUGAAUGGUACAGGAAAAAAAUGCCCUUUUCCCAUCCGCACCAAAUAACAAUUGAGAAGAGCCCAGCAUACUUCAUAACAGAUGAGGUCCCUGAAAGGAUUUACAAAAUGAACUCUUCAAUUAAGUUGCUCAUCAUUGUUAGAGAACCAACAACCAGAGCUAUUUCUGACUACACCCAGGUGCUAGAGGGAAAGGAAAGGAAAAAUAAAACCUACUAUAAAUUUGAGAAAAUGGCCGUGGAUUCUAACACCUAUGAGGUGAACACCAAGUACAAGGCUGUGAGGACCAGUAUCUACACCAAACAUUUAGAAAGAUGGUUGAAAUAUUUUCCCAUCGAACAGUUCCACAUUGUAGAUGGGGAUCGACUUAUCACAGAGCCAUUGCCAGAGCUUCAGUUGGUGGAAAAAUUUCUCAAUCUUCCACCCAGGAUAAGUCAAUACAACCUGUACUUUAAUUCGACCAGAGGGUUUUACUGCUUGCGAUUUAACAUUGUCUUCAACAAGUGCCUGGCAGGCAGCAAGGGUCGUAUACAUCCGGAAGUCGAUCCCUCGGUCAUUACCAAAUUGCACAAAUUCUUUCAUCCUUUUAAUCAAAAGUUUUACCAGAUCACUGGAAGGACAUUUAAUUGGCCAUAGUUACUAUUGUCUACAACACCAUGUGUUGCACACUGCUUUCUGUAAUGUAAUCGGAUGAUUAUGCACUUUUCCUGGGAUAUCUUUCCUGUUGCUAAUGUUAUUUUAUUUGUUGCAUAUAUAUUGAUUAUAUAUAAAUAUACAUAGAUAUGUGUGACCAAAUAAAGGAAGGGAUCAAUUUUCCUUUUCUACUGAGAAGUAAAUAGACCUGUAGUAUAAGCAUUACAAUAGUUCUUCACAGUGGCGUAACUAACUAGCCAAAGCCGGGCCUGAGCGCAUGAUGUGAACCCGGGUCCAUCCCUUUUCCCUCAGAACCUGCGCCCACCACCCUCUGGACACAGGCUGUGAAAAGAAUUCCCCUGCCCUAUUGCCCAUGAUAUGCUUAUUGUGAUGCAAUGGGCCCCAAGGGGUAUUCACCCCAGUAGUUACGCCACUGGUCCUUCAUACCUUCCCUUUUAACAUGAGUAUAGUUAUAAAUAUUUAUUUUAUGUUCACGGUGAAUUCAACAAACAACAUCAACUGUAACUGAUUAUGCAACACUGGUCAAACCUAUUUGUGCGUUUUGGUUUAAUAUGCUAGCCACACAUUAAAUAAUGUCAGCUUAGCAAUUAAGAAAGCCAUAAGUGGGUUUACUUUUGGAAUAUCUGAUAUUCGGCCUGCAUGGCAUAUGCUUGGGCCACAUACAGUCAUAUGAAAAAGUUUGGGAACCCCUCUUAAUUCUUUGGAGUUUUGUUUAUCAUUGGCUGAGCUUUC